AGCCUCCGCCCCGGAUGUUGGGGAAGCUGAGACAGAAGAUUGAGUGAAGCUGUAAUUUUGCUGCUGCUCUAGGAUCCGGAACUGAAUGGUGCAGACCGCCUUUUUUCCCCCCUUAAUGUGACGAAUUCUGGAUUUAAUGGGGGAAAACGUGCGUGAAGUUCCCGGGGAUAUAACCUGACGAAUCCCCUAUCUUCAUUUCCCCUCUUGCCUUACGGUUGGCUGCAGUACCCAGUGUAUCACACGACAGGCCCUUCAGAGCCACUAUAAGUUUUGAGAAGGGGAGUAACAUGUUAAACACAGUAAUUUAAGAAGAGCUGGUAUUGGUGAACAGAAUAAUCUGGAAGAAUUGAUACCAGGGUAUAUUUAAUUUUUUCAACUGUCUGCAGCCAUCUCUCUAAACUGUUUAAAUGAGAAUGUCCCUGGCUCAGAGAGUACUGCUCACUUGGCUUUUUACAUUACUCUUCUUGAUCAUGUUGGUGUUGAAACUGGAUGAGAAAGCACCAUGGAACUGGUUCCUUAUAUUCAUACCAGUCUGGAUAUUCGAUACUAUUCUCCUUGUAAUGCUGAUUGUGAAGAUGGCUGGACGAUGUAAAUCUGGUUACAACCAUCGAAAUGGACCACGACAUAUGAAAAGAAAGGUCUGGUACUUCAUAGCGAUGUUACUUAAGUUGGCAUUCUGUCUUGCACUCUGUGCUAAACUGGAACAGUUUACUAACAUGAAUCUAUCGUAUGUUUUUAUUCCUUUAUGGGCCUUACUGGUUGGGGCUAUGACAGAACUCGGAUAUAAUGUCUUUUUUGCUCGAAGAGACUGACUUUUAACUAUGACUUUUCAAUAUAGCUUGCAGAACAGCGGGGGGAAGAAAGUAUUGUGGAUAUUUACAAACUUCAAGGCCACCAAGGAACUGAAAACCAUACCAAAUGCAGUUUUAUACUGUUUCAGUUAGUGUUAAAUCAAAUAAGUUAUUCAAGGACUUGAAGACAGCAUGAAAAGUAUUUAUUCUACAUUUGAAUUAUUAGUCUCCUUAUCCCUCCUUAUACUUGUAGAAAUAAAACUUUGUUUUGAACCAUAUUUUUAAAUGACUUCUUUAAAAAAACAUGAUAUAUUUCAAAGAUGUAAUAACCUUCGAAGAUCUAAUAAUCAAAAACGCAAAUCUCAUAUUGAUUAACACUUAUGAACCAAUCCAAGCCUAAUAGGACUUACUGGAAAAAAAGGAGCAAUGACUUGUAUAUGAGUAGGCAUCAGCUAAGUUACAUUCUCAUAAUGAACAACAAAGCUUGCUUAAAACAAAUGGCUUUUUUUUUUUUUUUUGCUGAAUAAUGGAGAAAAUUCUUAGGUAAGUACAGUCAGUCUGCUUUCAUGGUUUCAUUAAUUUAGGCAAAAUCAUACCGUUACCAUUUAAAACUUUUAAUGCAAAUGACAUUAAAAUUUAGCUUCGUUGGUAGAAGUGAUUUGAUAACAGAAAGAAAGGGAUUCCUUCCUAGUCACUCCCGACAGAAAGCAGGCCCUCUUGCAGAAGGGUGGGGAAAAACAGCUUUGGUACCUCCUGCCAUACAUACAUACAUUGUGGAUUGUUUAAGUAAUUCUUAGUAGACAAUGAAAACAUCUCAGAAUUUUUAUAUUUAAGUAGGAUUACUUAAGUAUAGUAUUAUAGCUUAGAUCUGUCCUUGGGUAGACAUUUACAGUGCAGAGUUUUUUCCCAACGCCCUGAAUUGAUAAUUACAUGCUGAGCUUGUUGAGGCAGCUUCUGAAAAAUCUGGCAAAGAAGUGCUUAAAAAUUAUUCUAAUAAUAAAUAUCUUUAUUGUAAUGACUAUAUUUUGAGAUUUAUCAGUAUGUUGAAAUUUUUAUAUGGGGUUUUUAUAGAAGACUAGACUGUCACACCAAUCUUCUCUUUACGUACAUAGUUACUACCCUUCUUUGGGCCCUUAUCUCUGUUGUGCUGUGGCAGCCACCUAAUAGUGUCCCUAAUUCCAGUCCUUUCCAUCUCCAGCCAGCCCUACAUGCAGCUUUGAAGUAAUCUUCUUAAGGUACAAUCUGACAUGACAGUUCUCUGCUCAGAAACUUGGCUCCCUCUUGCCUCAAUGGUAAAAUGCAAGCUCCUUAUUCCAACUUCUAAGGCCUUCCACAGUCUGAGUUCAAACUCCCUAUUCAGCUUUACUUCCUGUUAUAUCCCUUCACAUCCUUCACAAUCCAGCAGAACAUUUCGAAUGGCUGUUCCUCACCUUGAGAGGAGGCAGGAUGUUGGACUAACAGGUAUUCACAACAUUUCAUGACAGCAUUAUCUUCAGCAUCCUGGUAAAAAGAAGAGUCAGUGGACUAGGAUUCAAGCCCAGCCUGUGUGACCUGACAAGUCAUUGAACUUUUCUGGGCCUUAGUUUCCUCAUCUAUAAUUAAGGGGCUCACAGCAGCUAGAACUCUCGAGUUCUGUUCCAGCAUAGAGUCUGUGAUUUAAGUGAUCUCUGUCCCUGUGCAUUCAGCCAAACCAUCCCAUGUGCUUGAAAUGCACUCCUCUUUCUCGUCUGUGCCUCUCAGAAUCCUUCUCUCCCUCGAAGAUUCAGCUCAGGUGCCACUUCUGUGAAACAUUACCUGACCUUUGCCAGAUGUUAGUGGUUUUUCCUUCCUCAAAUUGCAUUGUAUUUGCUUCUCUGUUUACACUGUUAUUGUACCCUGACUUCCUUAGAAUGUGAACACCUCCAGGACGGGAGUUAUGUCUUUUUGUUUUAGUCUUUGCAUCCUCAGUGCCUUGUAUAUGGUAAAUGCUUAAUAAAUGUUUGUUUAAAUUGAAAUGACUAAGAUUUCAGAUCUAAAGAACCUACUUAGACCUCUAGCUUUUUGAAUUUUUUAAUAUAAUGCAGAAACAGAACUGGAGCUAAGUAACUUGCUGUUUGAAUCCAAUUAACUGCCUUCAUAUUUGGGGAUGAAAUUAAGUAUAAUAGUAAAUAUUGAUCACAGACUGUGUUCUAAACCUGAGCAAAUAAACCCUUAAAUGACUGAAGCAAUCCAAACCAAUUUCAAAUACUUCAACAAAAGGUAAUAGGAGCUUCAGCUAAAUAAAAUAAACCAGAAUUUGAAAUGCAAACAGUCAUACUUUCCAGUAAGAAAAAAAGAAGUAUAUCUCUUAACCCAGACUUACCUUGAACAUGUAUAUUCACUAAGACUCACUCAACUCAGCCAAAAACAGAACCAGGAGAAAAAAAAAAAAAGGCAGAGAUUCUGCAAAAA